AUGGUCCUCGGCUGGCUGCUGCUUCUGGCGGCGGCUCUGGCCCCAGGCACGAGGGGCAUCAAGGACUGCGUCUUCUGUGAGCUGACCGACUCCACGAGCUGUCCCGGCACGCACAUGCGCUGUGGCGAUGACGAGGACUGCUUCACGGGCCGCGGGGUGGCCCCCGGCAUCAGCCCCAUCAUCAACAAAGGCUGCGUGCGGACCGCCUCGUGUGGCCGCGAGGAGCCCGUCCGCUACAUGGGUGUCACCUACAGCCUCACCACCCACUGCUGCACUGGCCACCUGUGUAAUGGGGCCCCCCACCCCACAGGCGGCCAGAUGGCAGGGGCCACCACCGGCCUGGCGCUGCUACCAUUGCUCCCACAUUUGCUGUGA